AUGUGGUCCUCGAGAUGAUCGAGGGCUUGGUGGAGACCUACCCCAACCUGCAGUACCUCGAUGGCUUCCCUGACGUGAAGGUGGUGCUGCGAGCUGACGUCAGCAGAGGGACGUACGGGAAGGUGGCAAUAAUUUCGGGCGGCGGGAGCGGGCACGAGCCAGCGCAUGCAGGGUUUGUGGGGAAGGGCAUGCUCAGCGCCGCUGUGUGUGGGGAUGUCUUCGCCUCGCCUUCAGUCAACGCUGUCCUCAUGGCCAUUCGGGCAGUCACUGGGCCGGCUGGCUGCCUCUUGAUCGUCAAGAGCUAUACAGGUGACAGGCUAAACUUCGGAUUGGCAGCAGAGCAAGCCAAAGAGGAGGGCUUUAAAGUUGAUAUGGUGGUGGUGGGGGAUGACUGUGCGCUGCCGCCGCCUCGUGGCAUUGCGGGGAGAAGGGGCCUGGCGGGGACAGUCUUUGUGCACAAGGUGGCAGGGGCAGCUGCAGAGGAGGGCAAGUCGCUCGCUGACGUGGCAGCAGAGGCUCGCCAAGUGGCAGGCCUAGUGGGCACCAUGGGGGUGGGUCUUUCCGUGUGCACCGUGCCAGGGGGAUUUCCUUCCGAUCGACUCCCAGCCACCAAGAUGGAACUGGGGCUGGGCAUUCACGGGGAGCCAGGAGCAGCGGUGGUGGACAUGCAGCCGGUGGACGUCGUCGUGUCGCACAUGCUCAAAACCAUCAACAACCCCGAGACGGGCUACAUGCCUCUCAAGCUCGGCAGCAGAGUAGCUCUCAUGGUGAACAGCUUGGGUGCAACACCAGCCAUGGAGGUCAUGAUUGCGGCAGGCAAGGCUGUAGCGCAACUACAGGUGGAGCAUGGGCUGGCAGUGGAGCGGGUGUAUGCAGGCCACUUUAUGACUUCCCUCGACAUGUCAGGCCUGUCCCUCUCAGUGCUCAAGGUGGACGAUCAAGUGCUGCAGCGACUAGACUUCCCAACCCUCGCCCCUGCAUGGCCCAACGCCUGCCAAGGUGCGCGUCCAGCUACCAAGGUGCCAGUGCCGCUCCCCCCAGCCCCACCAGGCUCCCAACCUGCAUCAGCGUGUGAGCGCCCAAAGGAGUUAACAGAGGAGGGGCGGUGCCUGGAGCGGUGCAUUCGGGGGGGUGCUCAGGCCGUGCUGGCUCUGGCAGUGGACCUGAAUGCAUGGGAUGCUAAGAUUGGCGAUGGGGACUGCGGGAGCACGAUGAGUCGUGGGGCCAAGGCAGUUCUCGAUGCCCUCGCCUCAAGAUACCCCCUUAAUGAUGCACCAGCAACAGUGAGGGAGAUGGGCGCGAGUGUGCGGUGCUCCAUGGGUGGAACAAGCGGAGUGAUAUACGACAUCUUCUGUCGCUCCGCAUAUGUGAAGCUGAGGGAGCUCGCAGGACCAGCAGCACAGCCCACCCCUGCCCACUGGGCGGCUGCCUUUGAAGCGGCAGUGGCAGCGGUGAGUCUGUACGGCGGCGCUCAAGCCGGGUACCGCACCAUGCUGGAUGCGCUUCUGCCCGCCUCUGCCACUCUCACUAGCAGCAUCCACGCAGGGGAGCCUGCUGGAGCAGCGCUGGCAGCUGCUGCUCAGGCUGCUGCUGCAGGAGCCGAGUCUACCAAGUCAAUGCCAGCUCUGGAUAUGCUAGAGGAGGAGGAGGACGGUGCGCACCCCAACCCAUUCUACGAAGACCCCUCGCACGCCCCCGAGCCCCCCGCCACCAAGGACGACGAGGCAGAGGACGAGGAGGAAGGGCUUGCAGGGGAGGAGGAUGUGGUGGAUGCCACUGCCAAGGAAGGGGAUGGGAUGGCUCCGGACGAGGAGGGGGGUGAGGCAGAUGCAGAGAUGGGAGGUGCGGAUGAGUGGAGCGAGGAUGGAGACGACUGGUGGGCAGCAGGCCGCUAUGAGGGAGAGGAAGUGGAGGAGUGGGUUGCGGGCGAGGAUGAAUGA